CAGUUUGGUACAAGCCUAUUUCCUUUCUCAAGAUGGCAGCUUCAGUAGAAGAUGAAUUUGAAGAUGCACCUGAUGUGGAGCCACUGGAGCCGACAUUAAAAAACAUAAUUGAACAGAAAUCCUUGAAAUGGAUUUUCGUUGGGGGGAAAGGUGGUGUUGGGAAAACGACGUGCAGUUGCAGUUUGGCUGUACAGUUGGCAUCGGUGAGAGAGAGUGUGCUCAUCAUUUCCACGGAUCCAGCCCACAACAUCUCUGACGCUUUUGAUCAGAAAUUCUCCAAAGUGCCAACAAAGGUCAAGGGCUAUGACAACCUCUUUGCUAUGGAGAUAGAUCCCAGUCUGGGCGUGGCAGAACUGCCGGAUGAGUUCUUUGAAGAGGACAACAUGCUGAGCAUGGGGAAGAAGAUGAUGCAGGAGGCCAUGAGUGCUUUCCCAGGCAUUGAUGAAGCCAUGAGCUACGCUGAGGUCAUGAGGUUAGUAAAAGGAAUGAACUUCUCAGUGGUGGUGUUCGAUACUGCCCCUACUGGCCACACGCUGCGCCUGCUCAAUUUCCCCACGAUCGUGGAACGGGGGCUCGGCCGCCUGAUGCAAAUCAAGAACCAGAUUAGCCCCUUCAUCUCUCAGAUGUGUAACAUGCUGGGGCUGGGGGACAUGAACGCGGACCAGCUGGCCUCCAAGCUGGAGGAGACGCUGCCGGUCAUCCGCUCGGUCAGCGAGCAGUUCAAGGACCCGGAGCAGACCACCUUCAUCUGCGUGUGCAUUGCUGAGUUCCUGUCGCUGUACGAGACCGAGCGGCUGAUCCAGGAGCUGGCCAAGUGCCGCAUCGACACGCACAACAUCAUCGUCAACCAGCUGGUCUUCCCCGACUCCGACCGGCCCUGCAAGAUGUGCGAGGCCCGCCACAAAAUCCAGUCCAAAUAUCUGGACCAGAUGGAGGAUCUGUAUGAGGAUUUCCACAUCGUCAAACUGCCCCUGUUGCCCCAUGAGGUACGAGGGGCCGAUAAGGUCAACACCUUCUCCAAGCAACUUCUGGAGCCUUACAAGCCCCCCUCCAAGUGACCCCACCUUCCCCUUCACCCUACCUCAGUCUCCCACACCCCCCCCCACCAUGGAACAGCUACGCCUUCGUCAAACAUCCAAACAGCUACACGUUUCACUCAAGUCAAGAACACUUGGAUUUCACUCUACCAAUGGUGCAGGGGGACUCUGGCAGGCGCAGAAUACCAGCCUCUUUUCCUCUUGGGUCCCCUUGUCCUCACAGUCAGUAUUGCAAUAGGGAGAAAAAUGUCAUCAGGGAGAAAGAUGCCAUCUUCAAAGUUCUGUUCAGCUGAGCUGUCAUUUUCUGAAUGAAUCUUUUUGCUCUUAACCUUUUUUGCUGUUUGAUGGUUAUAUGCAUCUUGCUUUCGGUUCUCGGACCUAAUUUAUAGUAAUGUAAUUAUUGACAGCAGUUCCACAGAGUAAUAAACAAGGUGUUGAAUUCCACUGAGCCCAGCGAGAGAGCCCUGAUUGACAUUGAGAGUGGCUGAAAGAGCAGUGAGGGUAGCAGAUGUGAUCUGGUUGGUUUAAGGGGGAGGAUUCCAGCCCGAUUGUGGGAGAGCAUUUAUUCCUCUUGUUCUAAAUCUAUUCCGCCCUGCAUCCAUCUUUGCGACUCACUUACUAGCCAAUGGCAGCCAAGGUUUUUGGAAGGCUGGUGUUUGGGUCCUUUCUUGCAGAAUUUCUCCUCUGUAUGAAUCUUAAAGUUUUUUUUUGUAAGUGCCGCUGUUGUUUUUCCUCUCUUUCUUUCUCCAUAAUCUGCUGUGCUUAGGUCUCAUAUUGGCUCAUUUUCUUUCUGUUGAUUUGCCUGCCUUUAGACUAUUCUGCAUCCAGCCAGCAGGUUUAACACACGGAUGCACACUGGCACAAGGAAGCUUCCUGCUCAGUGAACAGCCAGCUUGUCUGACUUAAUCAGGGUCCCAUUCUGUAUUAUACUGCUUUUCAGUGAAUCAGGGAGAAAACUGCUGUGCCACAAAACUGUCCUCGAACUCACUAGUGUUACAUGUGUAGUGAGGACCGUUAAUUUAAUUGCAAAUAAUUAACUUUUUUUUUCCAUCUUCUUUAGCAAAGAUCUAUUGCCACUUGGUUAUGUUCCUUUUUAUAGAAGCAAAAGUACUUAUAAAAGAACUGUGUUACAGAAAUAUUAAAGCAAAACGCUGAACUUGCAUGUCGA